AUGGCACCGAAUGCUUCCAUUGCCAUUGUUACCGGCGCAAACAAAGGCAUCGGUCUCUCCGUAGUCAAGCAUCUAGCUCUCCAAUACCCCUCAUCUGCCUUCUCCCGCAAUGGCACCCUCCCCUUCCUGAUCUACCUCACAGCGCGCGACCCAGGCCGAGGUGAAGCUGCGGCGCAAGCUCUUCAAAACGAUGUCGAUUUGAAAAAAGCGAAAGCGCUGGCCGUCGAUGGUGGCUUGAGCACCAUCCAGUUCAGGGGACUCGACAUCAGCAAUGCCGACAGUAUAAAGGACUUGGGCGCAUUUUUGCAAAAUGAGCACCCUGAUGGCAUCGAUAUUGUUGUCAAUAAUGCGGGCAUUGCCAUGAACGGAUUUGAUGCCAACGUCGUGAAGGAGACACUGCAUACCAAUUACCACGGCACCCUCCUCGCCAGCCAGACACUCCUGCCCCUCCUUCGCCCCAAUGGCCGUAUUGUAAACGUUGCUAGCAUAGCCGGCUAUUUGGGCAACAAAUAUGCGCCCUCCUUGAAACAGCAAUUUUAUGCCGCGAAGACCGUUCCGGACGUCACCAAACUCAUGGAUGCAUUCAAUACAUCUGUGGCAAAUGGAACGUACCAAAAGGAUGGCUGGCCGGCCUCUGCCUACAUGGUUGCGAAAGCGGGAGAAAUUGGAUUCACAAGAGUUCUUGCGAAGGAAGAGGCGGAGAAGGGAAAUGGAGUGCUGGUCAAUGCGUGCUGUCCUGGCUGGGUCAGUACAGAUAUGACCAAGGGGAGAGGGCAUAAGAAUGUGGAUCAGGGGGCGCAGACGCCGGUACUGCUUGCAUUGGGGGAGUUGAGAGGAAAGACGGGGCAGUUCUGGCAGGAUGAGAUCGUCAUCGAGUGGUAA